AAAAAAAAUCACAAUAAGGUGCAGUUAAGCAACGAGCUUCGACAUUAUCGAAUUUCUCUCCUCUCAUCAUUUUCAUCUGUUUCGUCCACCCCCAAAAAAAUCCUCUUUCUUUUCUUCUCUUUGUACUCGGAUUUUUUUUAACUUCCGUCUCUCACUCUCUCUCCUCGUCUACGAAACGUCAUUGAAGAUGUCUUCCCUUUCUAAUUCUCUGGUUUUGGCUCGUAACUCUCCCUCUCACUUUUCAUCUGGCAGUUCCUUCAAGCAAUCGGAUCUUCGAGUCUUGUGUCCCACCAGUUUGAGCUUCUCUCCACUUCGUACCAGAAAGGCUGCACAAAAACCUCUUGUUGUUCAAGCUGCUUAUAGUGAUGGUGGGAGGCCCAACAGUGCAAGCAUUUUCGUUAGUGGCUUCGUAUUGGGAGGAUUAGUCGUUGGUACCCUUGGCUGUGUAUAUGCACCUCAGAUAAGUAAGGCUCUUUCUGGAGCUGACAAGAAAGAUCUAAUGCGGAAACUACCAAAAUUUAUCUAUGAUGAGGAGAAAGCGUUGGAGAGAACAAGGAAAAUUCUGACUGAGAAAAUUGAUCAGUUGAACUCCGCCAUUGAUGACGUGUCAUCUCAGCUGCGCUCUGAAGGUGCCCCAAAUGGAGCAGCCGUGAACGCUGAUGAAGUGGAAGGACUUGAAGCUACCAUAUGAGAUAUCAAAUCAUGUUGUUCAAUUCAUGUACUUUGUAUCAGCGAUUAACAAGGUGUACUUGCGAAGUUUGAUGUUGAACCUCGUUCCUGGCUCGGAUAGAAUGUAUUUUGCCUCAUUUACUAGGAACUGAAUUAUCAGAUUUUGUAUCUAGCUAAUAUGAGAUAUAAAGUGCCAAAAUAUUCCAAGUAGAGCAUUGUUUGUGUGUAUUUUGGAUGUUUAUAGUUUGGUUACUAUUUCAACCAUGUAAGCUCCGAAGAUUUAGAUUUCAGAAGUUCUAGUAUGGAAAAUGACUACCAUGCACUAUUGUAUGAUUAAUGGAUUGCACAAGUCCUUAAAAUGCAUUUACUAAGCAAUUAUUCUUUCA